AUGUCCGAGACUGGGCGAAACUUAUCAAACUAUCAUUUGCCUAAACAAAUCCCUACUCUAACUCUAAAAAUUUCACCCAGUUUCGGACAUUUCUCCCCGUUUCGCCCAGUUUCAGAUGUUUUGCCCAGUUUCGGACGUUUCGCCAAUUUUCGGAAGUUUCGGACGUUUCGCCCAGUUUCGGAGUCUCACAUAGUUUCAGAGGUUUCGCCCAGUUUUGGACAUUUCGCCCAGUUUCGGACGUUUCGCCCAGUUUCAGAAGUUUCACCCAGAACGUAUCAUCCAAAUAAUUUAGAUGAAUUAAAUAAGAUGACUAGUGGAAAUCUAUUUGAAUGCGAAAAAAAUCGUGGUAAGGAAAAAGAUCUAAGUAAACAAAUGGCUGGUUAUUUAAGAGGAAUAGAAGACACUGCUGCAGAUAUUGAAUUUGUUGCUGAUUUAAAAAUGAUUUUAGAAUCGAUAGAAAAAGAUAGAGAAAUAAUUAUAAAGAAAAUUAGUGAUAAUGAAAAAGAAGUUGCUAAGAAAACAAAAGAGUUUAUUAGUUGGAAACAGACAAUUAAUGAGACAGCUAAAGGGUUAGUUAGGUCUACUCCGCAGAUUAUUGCAGUCGCAGCUACAGUUGCUAUUCCGCUUCUUGCUCCAAGUUUAUGUUCAAUAAUGUAG